UAGUAAUAGGUGCCGUUUUGGGAGAAGAUCGUUGGAAUUCGAAGCGGUGCGUUUUGAUUGCGGAGCAUGAAAUUUGAAAUGAGUUUAAUGCGAUUACUAGUCUGCAUCUCUUCAUCUUCUUCUUCUUCUCUUAUCGUAAACCCUAGAAAAAUUAAAACUGUUUGCAGUCCUUAUGCAAUGUCUUGGGCAUGCAAAAAAUGCACCUUUCUGAACCCCCCUUCUCAGAAAUCGGAAUGCAAAAUCUGCCUGUCCCCUGCAUCCCCAAUGGGUCCUUCUUCUUCGUCUUCGUCAUCCCCAAAAUGGUCGUGCAAGGCCUGCACUUUCUUAAACCCUUACAACAACCCCUCUUGCCAGGUUUGCGGCACUCGCUGCCUCUCCAAUCUCAAAGACUUGGACGACGCUACUGAACACGAUUCUUCUGUUGGCUCUGUUUUCUUCCCUCUUCGACCCUGCAACAAGAGAAAGGCCAUCGACCACCACGAUUCUUCUGAGAGGGUCAAUCUGAAGCUCAAGCUAUCCCAAAAGGCUACCGAUAUCACCGGUGAUGAGGAUACUGAUUCAGGAAAAGAUUUUAGUUCGUUUAAGAUAUUGAGUUACAAUGUUUGGUUCCGGGAAGACUUGGAGUUGCACAAGAGGAUGAAGGCUAUUGGCGACCUUGUUCAAUUGCAUUCGCCUGAUUUAAUUUGUUUCCAGGAAGUUACUCCCAAUAUAUAUGACAUUUUCAAGCAAUCCACAUGGUGGGGUGUAUAUCGUUGUUCUGUUUCUUCUGAGAUGGCUUAUUCAAGACCCUACUUUUGUAUGCUGUUAAGCAAAUUGCCUGUGAAAUCUUUCAGCAAUAAGCCCUUCAGCAAUUCUAUAAUGGGAAGAGAACUUUGCAUUGCUGACGUUGAAGCUGCAAGUGGCAAGUCAUUAGUGGUUGCCACUAGCCAUCUUGAGAGUCCCUGUCCAGCCCCUCCAAAAUGGGAUCAAAUGUACAGCAAGGAAAGAGUAGUGCAGGCCAAUGAGGCUAUAAAUCUUCUUAAGAAACAGCCAAAUGUUGUUUUUGGAGGUGACAUGAAUUGGGAUGACAAACAUGAUGGUCCAUAUCCUUUACAAGAUGGAUGGAUUGAUGCCUGGUCUCAGCUAAGGCCAAAUGAAAAUGGUUGGACUUAUGACACCAAAUCAAACCAGAUGUUGACAGGCAACCGUACUCUCCAAAAGCGAUUAGAUCGCUUUAUAUGCCAUUUCCAUGAUUUUAAGAUAGCUAGUGUUGACAUGGUUGGGAUGGAAGCAAUACCUGGUGUUUUAUACAACAAAGAGAAGAAAGUAAGAAAAGAGGUGAAACAACUGGUACUCCCUGUUUUACCCAGUGAUCAUUAUGGCCUGCUUUUGACAAUUUCUAGCAAGUAAUGCCGGUCUGGAGAAUCUGGCUGGUGAACCCAUUUUUUGAUGUUCUCACUCUCUGUUGUUGCUGUAUCUAAGGCACGCUUUGCAUGAAUUUUGUGUAGAUUACAUGGGAAAAUGUUAUGGAAACGUUACUAACAUUGUACAUGGGGACAAGAUGCUGUAUUUUUCAGAACUUCUAUAUAUCUCGGAUAGUAGAUAUAAUUUUCCUUUCUCAAAGUAUUGCACUUGCUUUGCUUUUAA